CCAAUAGUAGGGGGAUAAACAGUAAGAAAGGGAAUUGGAGAAUAGUCAGACUGAUAGUACGUUGUCUGAAUGAGUAGAGGUGGACUAGAUUGGUGGGACAUUGGAGUACCUAUGGACUAUCUGUGGAAUGUUAUUAUUUUAGCAUAAUAAAAGUAAUACCUAAGAGUCAAGAAAGGACCAACUAAACUAGUAUCCAGCAGUAAUCAUAUUAAUAGUUAUUUUGUGUAGCUACAAAUGUAUCAUAUACAAUAGAUCUGAUCAAAAGCAAACAUUUCUUAGUUUUAGACUUUCUUCAUUUCAUCUCAAAUGUGGUCAUUACUAGUGAUACCACUUUGUAAAACAGGUAUUUAGCUUGGUGCGUUAUAUUUUCCUAUAAGUAGGGGAGACUCUUUGGAGAUGUGGGGGCACUAUUUGUUGUUGCUUUUCCAAAUUCCCAUUUAGUAAAUGUAAAAGAACUGUCUCUCUAUGCCCUAAAUUGUAUCACUUGCUGUUUAGCAGGAAUCAGAAGUGACACAUUUUGUAGAAGAUGUUCAAGGCCUCCAUGCAUUUUCUUGAGAGAGAGUAUUGGAAAACAUUUCAGAAAUGAACCUUGUCAGUAUCUGUUCAAAACUGAAGACAAUGGCCACUUAAAUUCUCUUUGCCAAAGGGGCCUUUUAGCAGCCUUACCUUCAGCAACCAACUCACCAGAAGAGUCAGAGGAAUGCACCAUGCAAGCCAAAUUAGAAGGCCAUUCUUCCCGACAGAAUGAUCAAUGUGGAUUGUUAGCAAGGAACAAAAGUAUUUCUCCACAGCUAGACAACUUCCUUAUCUGUAAAUACACAGACUGUGAUAAAUUCCAAGACUACCUAACAGCAGGGAAAGAAAACCAGGGCAAAAAUUUAAGAUUGGAGAAGGAACAGAGUGAAGUUAAGAGAAGAAGAGCAGUAGCUUGCUUUACAAAUGAUGAAGAGGUACCAUUAUCACCAGCAAUGAAGAGAAUGUAUCAGCCCAAGUGUGUUAGCUUUUAUGUACCUGACCAGGUAACAGUAAAGAGAGAGGAUGUGAAAACUAGAGGUUUAAAUGAAAAGAGAUCCCUUGAGGACAAGCCACAGCACAAGAGCAUCCAAAGAAGCCCAUCCACUACAUUGGAAAGGAGAUUGUUGAACAAUUCAGAAGCAAAGGAUAAAGGAAGGCAAUCAUUUCCCACCCCACUGGUCCCCGAGGAAAAAGAAGCUGAAUUCACUUUGAAGCAUAAAAGGAAAACUAAAGGACAGGAUUCUUUAAUGGUGAAGUUAAAUUUACAUCCUUUUAGAAAAGCGAGGAUUCACCCUGAAGAACCUAUCAAAGAAAACACAGAUGAAUGUCCACACUGUCAACAUUUACAAUUGCCACAUAUUUCAAAGAAGGAAGAAGCAAACAAGAAAAGAAAAAGAAAAUCAGACCACUCUGUGGCGUCCCUAGAAAUAUCAGGAAACAGCAAGCAGAUUAUUUAUUCUGCAGUAGCUGCUGGGGAAAUGGCUGGAAAAACAGACGAGAAUGCAGUUGCAUCCAUCUCUGAUCCUCAUUCAAAGAAUAUUUCUGCCAUGAAAAUUACUGAAGGCACCUCGUCAUCCAAGCAUUCACAAACUCUAAGUUGCGGCAGUAGGUCACCUACAUUCUCACCAAAUGGAACUUCAGGGAUGACUGUUUCCAUUACUGCUCUUUCAUCCAACCAUUCACCAAAUAUUUCACAGAAUGCAGCAAAUAAUAUUCCCACUUCAGUGAAUUCUAAAAAGGAAGAUGCUAUAGAAACUGAAGUCAUGCCCUUUCAUCAGAAUGAAGCAAAGGAAGAAGACUGUAGUUUUUCUUCAUCUCUUUUUAGCCUAGCAGAAAAUUGUGGCUUCCAAAAUUCCGGCAAUGAAGAUAAUUUGAAACCCCAAGAAAUUGUUGAUAAUGUUGUGCAAAACAUGAACCUAGAACAAUUAAACCAGGAACAAUUAAAAAGACAAGAUGAAAGCCUGACUGUGAAAGAUGAAAUGGAAGGACACAAAAGAACUGGAGAGUCUGAACCCCUGAAAGGAGAUUUAGUUAACAGGGCAUCUCAUAGCUCUGGAGAAAAAACACCAUCAAAUGGACAUUGGGUUUCACUUUCUAGGGAAGAGGAUAAAAGCAGAGUAAACCCUCCAGUUCAUGUGAGCAGUGCAAUUUUUAAUUUCCAAGCAAAUGAGUUCUUAACCAACAGAGAAGAAAUUAAAAUACUACAUAGAGAUAAAGACAUGGAAGAAUGUGGAACAAAGGAGCUGAAAACAGCUUUCAAAUCAGAAAAUGUUGAAUUGACUAAAAUGUUCGUUCCUAAUACAUCAGUGGACCCUCUAGGUCUGGAAAAAGAACUUCUAACUGAAAAUGAGUGGGAAAAUAAUAAAUAUAACACAUUACUUCAAAACACUGUCAAAGUGACCAUUAUCUCUAACAAAUCAAGUGUCCCCAGUUCUCCUGAAACUAGAAACACCCAUAUGGACAAUAAUGUCAAUCCUGAAAUGAAAAAUAAUGUGUGCAUAGUUAACAAGAAGAAUUUGCAAGAAGUUCCAGACAAUCAACUUGAUGAAGGUAUCAGCAAAUAUAAAGAAGGUAAAAUGCCACCAGCAACAUGUCAGGAGGAUUCUUUGUUACCACAGUUUAAGGAUGUCAGUUAUGAGGAACAAAAUGAGACAUCUCUACUCACUUGCAAUACAAAUAAAGCUGAAGUCUCUAUUCCCCAGCCUACACUGUCUACCACAUAUACUGAUUAUGAUAAAGAAUCACCUUUACAGAUGGAACAAAGGAAAGCAAAUAUUUCAAAUAAUACUCAUCCCUCUUUAGUUCUCUUCAAAGACAAAAAGCCCUUUUCAAUAUGAAAAUCCAGGCUUUUUAACCAGAAUAGAAAAUUUCAAGAAGGGAGAGUAAUGUUUAAUGGUGAAUGUUAAAACGGAAUUCAGAAGAAAGAGGAUGUGUGACGAAUACUUAGUAGAACUGUGGAUAUAUAUUACUGUUAAGAAGCUAUGUAAAAUGUUUUCAAAUUACAUGUACUCAUUUAAAUGGACUACAUGUAGGGCUGAUAUAGCUAAAUGUUAACCAUCAAUUAGAUAGAUCAGGACAGCCAAAACUGUAACAGACAGAAUGAUGGUGCAUGCAAAAAUGGUGUAAGUUUUCUGGGGUAAAUAUUAUUAUGGAAAAUUAUUUGUCCCCUCCCCCCAAACCGGAGGGUUACAUUCAGAUUUGAGGAAAAUGUUGCCCACCACUCCAUACCACUAAAUCUGAAUUUGCAAGACAUUUGGAUAUCAUAAGCCUGGGGCUAUUUCUUCAUCAAAAGGCAUGACCGCUGACCAAUGUGAUUGGGUAAUUUUGCGAACUGUAUCGCUGCAACUUUUCCAAGCUCUGAUGCUUCUAGAGCUUGGACAGUCAUUGUUCAGAAACUUAAAUACACAUUGUGAUAAAAAAGGGCACAAUCCAUAAGAAAAAUGACAGGGCUCCAGAGUAUUAUUAGGAACUUCUCUAAUCUUACAUGUAUGUGAUCAUGUGAUUGCAUAAUAAAAGCCUUAUCUGAAAGUACUCCUAGAUAUCUUCUCCUAAUGAUUGCCACCCAGUGUUUCCUGAGAUGACAUGUUCUACAAUGAACUGUAUCUUUAAAAAAGAGAAAAUAACAUACUCUUGCAGGAAUUGCUUACCUAGUGUGAACAGGGAAACAUCUGUAGUGUAUUACAAAGUGAAUAUUUCCUCAAAGAACCACCUUGGAAAAAUUGUUUAGAAUACCUUUACAAGUGAGUUUGUGGUCAUGAGUAUGAAAUCUAGAUUAAAAUGUUGAGUGGAAGUUUGAUCGAAGAGUUCUUUAGUCUGAUCUUUCUGGGAUCAGAAAAAAGGAUGGAAUUUUGUAUGUUAGUCUAGAGAUGGGAGAGGAGGAACAAAAACAUUGUUCAAAUGUGUAUGUAUGUAUAUAGUGGUUACUAUGACUAAGGAUCAUGUCUUCACCAUUAACAAAAUGAUGCUCUGUGGAGAAUGAGAAGACUAACUGACUUGUUUACCACAAUGGGCUGUUGAACAGUGGAAAGCUGCCUUCAUACUUGGCCUAUGCCUGAGUUAACCUGCUUUGUUCAGCUAGAAGAAGUGCAAAAGGUAGCAUCAUUGCUAUGGGAACCUGCUUUUUGUUUCCUUGAACAUUCUUCCCUAUUAUGUGCAAGCUAGGCAGGGCAAAUAUAAAUAAAAAUGGUAUAAUGAUUAUUUACACACUUUCAAUAACAUUAUAUAUUUUCUGUUGUUAUGGUAGUGUGUGUUUGAUACUGUUCUAUUAUCUGGGUAGACUCCAAAAAGGGGCCUAGACAGAGAAGGAGAGUUUAUCUUUUUUUGAGAG